AUGCAUGUCACUGAAUCUGCAGAUUCCAUUAACUCGGAUCCCUUGGUUAAGAUAGCUCCUAUAAAGGAACUUCAUUUAGAAGGGCCAAUUGCGUCAGCAAAUAAACAAAAGGCAAAAAAAUUAAACUAUACCGUUGUAGAAGAUUUAAAUCAAUUCGAAUGGUUUGUCAAGUCAAAAGAAUAUGAGGCCUUAAAUAAGAAAAUUAUUGAGCAAAACAAACAACGUUCUGGUCUUUUUAAGUCUUUAAAACCUUCUAUGGAUACCAGAGUAGAGACUCAAACUUUAUAUUUUACAGAUUUAGCAACUGGUAAGUGUGGAUUUAUCCAGUUGUUAUAUUCUGCAGUUUUAGGAGGUGUUUACAAAGGGUUCCAAGUCAAUUUUAAAGUGUUCAAUGCAUCAAAAGAAACAGAUGAAGAUAUUUGGGAAAGUUUUAAAUUAGAUACACCUAAAGAAUUCACCAAUUUAAGAGUCAAAACUUCAAAUUGUUUAUUUGAAUUCUUACAUCCUUCAAAAGUGGCAAAUCCAAAUAUUAUUGGGCAUCUCCAUAUUAAAUUAAAUAUUAAUAGCAAUGGAAAAAAUGAUACAUCUACAAAUAAAAAUGCCCGUGAUUUAAAAAUUAAUAUCUUUGUGGAUCUUUUUAAAGGUUUCAUGAUUAACCCAGAUGGUUGUACUUAUUUCAUUGAUAAGCCAACAUUGAAAAGUUCACUUGAAGAUAAGGAUACCAUUUCUAAUAAAUUCAUUAGACAUAUGUUUGUACCAAAAUGCACAGGGAAAGGUACUAUAUCUUAUCAUAAUAAAGAUGACAAAUUGGUCACCAUAAAGUUGUCUAGUGUUCCUAUGGCUUACAUAGAUGCAGUACAAGGUCUGUUACCAAACAAAGCAGCUUCAAGAUGGAAUUUUAUGACAUUUCAAGGAAAAAAUCAUUCUUUAUUAUGUAUGGAAUAUGUCACCAUAAAAGAAUAUGGGAAUGAUUCAAUUACAAUAUGGUCAAUCUCUCAAAAGGAUAAAUUAGUCACUAUUGGUGCAAAAGUAUCCAAUAAUAGACAUAGAGUAAAGUACACUGAAACGGUAAGAGAUGAAGAAUCGGGUUGGGAUUUUCCCACUGCUAUUAGAUUCCCUCCAGGGUUUAAAGAAAAUAAUUUACAUUUGGUGAACAGAUAUGAUGUCAUGUGUGAAUUACCUUCAUUUAUUAAGUCAUUAGCUGAAAAAUAUGCUCAUAUUAAACCUUUUAUUUAUCAAUAUUGUCAAAACUCAACAUAUCAUAGAGAUAAGGGAAUUUCCAUUAUUGAAACAUCAUUUAUAAGUUAA